CCACAGUGCUGCUGAUUGUGCCAGAGCCGCGUUUUGCAGUCUCCGCUGAUCUGCUGUGGGCUAAGGACGAGCCCGCGGGGAAAGGGGCGGCGAGAGUAAAGUUCACCGCCCCGUCUCGCUGGAUAUUGUUGCAUUCUGUGCGGUCAACUCAGGCCAAAGAGCUUCAGCUCACUUCGAGUUUCUUUGUUACUCGCACCGAUAUAACUAUGAAUAGACCGCAACGUUGGCUCGGCGUUUGUGUUAAGCUGUCGAGCCAGCAUUGAUCAUGUCGGUUCGCAUUGUGGCUCUGGGCAAUGAGAGAGCAGGAUUUGAGGACAGCCUGCAGCAGCCGGAUCUGAUCACCACCUAUUUCGGCAGACAUGCCAUUAUCCGGCACGUUGAAGAGAGACGCUUGCUCAGCUUUGCCACCCACAUCACAUUUCCUGCCUUUGUCGAGUACCAAGCUUAUGUCUUCGGCAGAGUCCGAGUGCUGAUUCACGACUGUCCCAGUUGGGAAUUAUUCGACAAUGACUGGUAUAGAUCACGGAACGUAAUUGGGCUGGCAGACAUCAUUGUCCUAAAAUAUUCUGUCAAUGACAAAACCUCAUUUCAAGAAGUGAAAGAUAAUUAUGUUCCGAUUAUUAAGUGGAUACUCAACCAGUGGACAGUUCCAGUAAUAGUUGCUGCUGUUGGUACAAGACAAAAUGAAGAAGGGCCGCCUUGUUCAUGCCCACUGUGCACAUCAGAUAAAGGGAGCUGUGUUCCUUUCUAUGAGGGAAUUGAACUGUCUAAAGAAAUUGGAGCAGCCUACUUGGAACUUCACAGUCUCAAUGACUUCUACGUGGGGAAAUACUUUGGAGGAGUGUUGGAAUACUUUAUCAUACAGUGUUUAAAGCAGAAGUCUUCUCAGAAGAAAAAGAAAAGGAGCAGCAAACCCCACAUGAUACCACCACCUAGACUGGGAGAGCCAGUCAAGCUGCCUUGUUUAAAGAUUGAGGAAUCCCGGUACCAUCGCGACUUAUUGAACCUGUACUGCAGCUCUUUAUGUACAGAUGUGGUGUUCUCUUCAAAGGAUGGACAAGAGGUGGCAAGAGCUCACAGGGUUGUGCUGUGCAAUGCAAGCCAUGUCUUCAUGUUACUGUUUGGUGUGGAGAUUGCCAGUCACCCUGGUGAAUUACCUGGGAAGGUUGCUCAUAAUCUGUUUGCAAUAGACCAAGGGGACAUUAUAUUGAACUCCAGCGAAGCUUCACUUCAUAACAGCCAGCCAGUAAGGGUCAUCAUUUUAGACUCACUGCUCUGUGCCUGCUGCUCAGAGGUGUUGAAGUUCAUUUAUACAGGCACUAACUGUUGGGAUGAACUAAAAUCAGUUCUCUGGAAGAAGCUGAAAAAUCUAGAACACGUGAAAGAUGUGAUAGAAACAGUCAAACUGCUCUUCAAAUGCAAUGCUCAGACAAUUUGUUCCAGUGAUGUCAUCAAUCAAACAGCAAAAAGCAAGGGGCAGUCUCAAAGUUGCUGCUGUUCUUUAAGCCUUUUCUUUCAAAAUCCUGACUUGGCUGAUGUCACCUUUAAAGUACAAGGUGCAUCUAUCUAUGCUCACAGAGCAGUAUUGGUAGCUCGCUGUGAGGUAAUGGCAGCAAUGUUUAGUGGAUACUAUGCUGAAACAACAGCAUAUCAGAUUCCUAUUCAAGGUGUUUCCAAGGAAACAUUUCUUUCUUUCUUGGAGUAUCUGUACACUGAUACCUGCUGCACAGCCAGCAUUCUACAAGCCAUGGCUCUGUUAAUAUGUGCAGAAAUGUAUCAGAUACGCAGACUACAGCAGAUAUGCGAAUCAUACAUUGUCACACAGCUACAGAGCAUGCCCAGUAGACAACUUGUAUCCACCAACCUGAACAUUGUAAACUUAUAUAAUAAAGCCAAGUUCCACAAUGCUACAAGAUUAUCUACUUGGUUACUGCAUUUCAUUGCCAGCAACUACCUCAUCUUCAGCCAAAAGCUAGAAUUUCAAGAGCUUUCCGAGGACGAACAAGCAUUUGUAGAAAAUCAUAGGUGGCCUUCAAGUUCCUACUUGCAGGAGUUGACUGAAUACAGGCACCGCAUUCAUUCUGGGAGAUCUCGUUGUAUCCUCAUGUAACAGACCAUCAGCCAGAUCUUGAAUACCUAUCAAAGGCUAAAAGAUGGAUAUUUAGAAAGCCUUGUACUACUUUAGGAAAAUAGCAGAUAGAAGCAUGCUUCAUCUCAAGAUCAAUGAACACAAGCAAGUUUGAAGAAGCUUCCAAAUUUGUCUCCACUACUAGGUUCUGAUGAUAUGCUCUUUUCAUGACCAGCCUAACCAGAUUUUGGAUUUUUUUUUCUAAAACUAAGACUUACAGCUCCACAGUCUUCCUUCAAUACUGAAUUUAUGGAUUGUGCAUAAUAUGUUAAGAAGGGUAUUGAUUAUAUACCUUAAAAUCAAUCUUUCUGGUGGCAGUUAGUAUUUUUUGAACAAGUCUUAAGACAAAGUGAUACACAAACAUUAAUAAUUUUUCCUACUUGCACACUAUUUCCAAGUGAGAUCCUAUAAUUGACAGGAUAGGUAAUUCAACCACAGGUCCCAUUGCACUCUGCCUUAGAGCAUUAAACUGCACAGCUGCCCUAGAAGCAGGGAACACAACUGAUGGCCAGGGGCACACCAGCUAGCUAGCACGCAUUGUCAGUUCCAAUUUAGUCAGCUGCUUUUUUGACAUGAUUAGAAUUGCAGUUAGAAAAACCAUAUUGUUUGAGAAUUGCAGUAAUGGAAUAUUUGCAAUAUUUUAAAUAAGUUUCUCACUGACUACGUCUCCUGUUGUUUAUCGUGUAGCUAGAGAAAACUCAUUUACUCCAUUUGAUAUUAGUCCUGCAGGUAUUACAAUGGUGAGUGGGGUUUACAGUAAAGAUUAUUAUAUGCUUAUUACCAAGGUGGAAGGCCAUAGUUGGAAUGAAGCAAUUUCAGUUCUGCUACUUAUGAAUAACUGAUAUUCAGCUAUAAAAUAGGAACUAUAAAAAGGUCAUGAACACUAAGGAAGAAAAGCUGCAAUGUAGUGAUAACGUCACUAGAUUAGCCUGAACAUCUGGUUCACCAAUGCUCUGGACACAAGAGUUGAACUCCCAACGUAGAUGAUGAAACUUGAAAUCAAAAAUAGUCAAAUCUGGAACUAAAAACUAGUUUAAAUAAUGACCACAAAACUAUUGGACAAUUGUCACAAAAACACAUCUGGUUUGCUGAUGCCCUUUAAGAAAAGAGCUGCCACCCUUAACCCAACAGGCAUGUGUGUGACCCCAGACCAAAUAGUAAUAUGGCUCAUUCCUAGUUGCCCUUGAUGAAGUUUAUAGUAAACUGCUACAGUCCAUUUGGUGUAGUUAGAUGGACAAUGCUUUGAGGGAGGGAUCAUUAGAAAUUUUAACCAGACAUUGAUAGAACAGUGAUACAUUUCCAAGUCAGGAUGAGUGGCCUGGAGGGGAAUGUCCAGACAGUGGUGUCCUUAUGAAAUGUGCCUCCCUCAUCCUUCUCGGGAUAGUAAUGGUCAUGGGUUUGGAAGAUGCAUCUAAGGAGCCUUGGAGAAUUUCUGCAGCAAAUCUUGCAGAUGGUACACAUUGCUAAGUAUUGGUCAGUAAAGUAGUGCCAAUGAGACAGACCACUUUAUGUGGGCUUUAUAUCAAGCUUAGAGUGUGUUGCUGGAGCUGCACACAUCCAAGUGGAGUGUAUUUCACCACAAUCCUGACUUAUGCCUUGUAGGUGGUGGACGGGUUUUUGUAAGUCUGGAGGAGAGUUAUCACAGAAUUCCAUACCUCUGACCAGAGAUUUAUGUGGAUCAUCCAAUUCAGUUUCUGGUCAAUUUUAAUCUCCAAGAUAUUGAUAGUGGGGAUUCAGCAAUGGUAAUGACAAUAAUGUAUGUAUCUAACCAUCAUGCCUUGACAUUGGGAAUUAUGACUUGUGUGGUGCAAAUAUUAAUUGACACUUCCCUAUCCAAGCCAAAAUCCCCAAUUCUCACUGAAUAUGAGGUUGUUGACUUGUGUGCCAAGUGGGCUUGUUUUUGUUCAGAUGUUUCAUCACCAUGUUAGGUGACAUCAUCAGUAAGGCCUACAAUGAAGCAACGUUGUUCUGUUCCAUUUGGAAUUUAUAGUGUCUGGUCGGUUAUGGUGAGUAGUGUCAUUUCCGGUUUUGUUCUGUAUAGGUUUGUAUAUGGGGUCCAAUUCUAAGUUUCUUGAUUGCAUUAUGGGUUGAGAACCAUGCCUCUAGGAAUUCCCGUGAGAGUCAAUGUUUGGCUCCGGCUACUAUGGUUACUUUGUCUCAGUUAAACUGAUGGCCUUCAUUGUCAGAGUGUAACAACUAGAACACACUACCCUCCCCUGCAUUCAACCCAAACAGUGGAUGCGGUACAUAGACAGACAUCACAACUGUUGUUAUUAAAAUGCAACAAACUGGAAGAGACCCACAGCCUUACCAACAAUGUAUUUGCGGGGAUUAAAUUCACAACAGAAUAAGAAGACAAUCAGCUUUAGUUUCUGGGCAUCCAAGUUGAACAUAUGACCAAUGGGGAGUUCCAAACCUCAGUAUACAAGAAAGCAACCACACUGACCAAAUUCUCAACUUCCACAGCAACCACCCGACACCCACAAACAAAGCUGUAUUCAAACACUGUUGAAAACAGGCCACCACUCACUGCAACAUGCCAAGUCUAUGCAGAAAACAAGAAGAACACAUACAAAAAAUCUUCACUAUGAACGGAUGUCCCCACAAUUUCAUCUGCAGGUGCCUACUAAAUAGGUAAGAGCACACAGUACACCUUAACAUAUACCUGUUAAGGUAUAUAACUCCACAUAUACUGAAGCAGCCGUGUCCUGCCGAAAUGACACGUGGACACCAUCUCGGCUUGGGCUGAUAAGUGGCAAUACCCUACCUUGAUGCAGGGUAUUGUCAUUACCCUACAUCAAGAACAUAUCAGAACUGACAAAGAGGACUCCUAUGAUCACUAGGAAUCAUGGUGGCACACAAGUCCAUAGCCACUCUACGACAAAACACUCGAGGAUAAGAGACCCCAUUCCCGCAACAUGCAGAACCAACAUAGGUUCACAAAACACCAUGCAACGACUGCCACAAACAUUACAUCGGACAGACAGGAAGAAAACUAGCCAUCAGAAUACAUGAACAAUCGGCUAGCAGCACAAUGACAUGAUGAACUUUCCUUAAUGUCAGUACACUUGGACAAUGAAGGCCAUCAGUUUAACUGGCAGAACCUAACAAUAGUAGCCCAAGCCAAACACAGGCACGCAUGGGAAUUUCUAGAGGCAUGGUUCCCAACCCAUAAUUCAAACAAACAG